AUGUGAAAUCUCCGAAAGACAAGUGUAUCUCGAAUUCAUUGUGGAAUUAUUGCGCUAAUUUCAUCUACACCGGUAUCGGAUAUAGAGGGACGUUGUUGUGCUUCAUUAACACGACAACAAUGUGCCUGGCGUGCUGAAAUUUUAGGCCUACACAUUGCUGUCGUUGUUGUUGUUAUUGAUCAAGUGUGGUCUCACAUGGUGGGAACGUCGUAAUUGAUGUCCAUGUACAGCAGUUAGUGAGAUCAGCGGACUUUCCGUGUUCUGGUUAUUUUCACUUUCACAACGGAUGGAAAUAAUUGUGGCGUAUAGAGGCUUACUACAGAUAUAUUUGUGCAUCGCCCUCUGGAACAGACUAAUUGGAAAUACAGUUUUCCAGUCGGUUGACACAGGAUUCCACCAGGAAUAUUUAGACACGCUACUAAAGCUGUAUAUUGUAUCAAGCAUAGUAGCAUACCGUACGCAAUUUCUUCUCUUCACAAAUAUCGGUGAAUUUUACAGCCUGUGUGUAACUGACUUCAAUGAUUAAGUUUACAACUGCCCAGAAGAUUUGAAAAAUCAAGAUGUCGAAAGACUGUGAAAUUUUAAACAGAUUUCUUGAGGAGAUUCACGAAGAGAAGUGUGUGUUUAAAGUUUCCAAGGAGGUCGUGAAUGAUUUAAAAGAGGCUGUUGAGGAACUGGUGAGAAAACUUGUGCAUAAAGUUUCCUUCGCAACGGCGUAUCCCUUGUUCAGCGGGUCGAAGAUACUGUCUCGGGGUAGUUUCUAUGAGGGGACAAAGGUAGAGGAACCCAACGAGUUUGACUUUCUGGUUGAACUUGACGUGUUAUCUCAACCCGGUCGUGUGGAGUUCCGCAGUGAAUGUCCCGACUGUCCCGGCUACACUCAUGUCCUGUUUACUGACCCCGAACUUAAAAGAAUGAACGCUGAGUUAGAAAGCUCACCCAAAGAUAAUUUUUUACGCCCUUACACAAUAAGCAGUUACUACCGACGCUGUCUGCAAGAAGCAUACAAAAAACUUUUCACGGGCAGUUGGAACUGGGUGCAAAAUGUGAGAAUUGACAAGGGGUGCGGCUUUCUACAUCAACAUGAGCACAUAUCAAGCAACUGGGGCCCCAACACUUUACUGCAGUUAGUAUGGACAACAAAAACACUUCCUGACGACGACAUUUUGAAAUGUAUUACACUAACUGUGGAUAUAACACCAGCAAUCGUCUACCGUCCGCCAGAGUGCAAUCCAGAAGGCGAAGGAGCAGACAAACACUGCCAUGUGGUACCGGGUAGAAAUGAUUAUUGCAAACAUGGUUCAUCAAUUAAAUGUUGUUGCUGGAGAAUUUCUCAUUCGUCGAAAGAAACAGAAAAGAUGAAAAAUCUGAGCGACGUGCACAAGAAGAUAUAUAAAAUUUUCAAGGUCGUUUGCAGGAGGCAGUACGGCAGUUUGAGGUCGCUAACAUCGUAUAUGCUUAAGACGGCUGUUCUUCAUCACACGGAUAAGUGUGACAGUAAGAACAGUAUUGGGGCAUGUACCAUGGAGAUACUAGAGGAACUCCUGACGUUUGCACAACAGGAAUAUCUUCCAGAUUACUUUAUUCCUGAGAAGAACGUUUGGGCAAAAAAUCAUGAAAACAAGGUUACCACACCAUUUCCCAUUUUACAAAAGCUAAUUUUGGAAUUUAAAAGCAUUGCAGGCUGUGCCGUGGAGGAUUAUGACUUUGAAGAAUUGUUUGGCUAUUUUAAAAUGUUGAUGGAAGAGUUUGCUAGAAUUGAAGGUACCCAGUUGUUUGUGCAGUAUGUCACAUUACCAGGGUCAGAUGGAAACAGUACUCUAAGCGCCACAAGCGACCAAUAAAAACAAAACUGACCGAAGAGGCUUCAUGGGUUUAAAUGACAGUAGUAAGGAAGCACAACUAAUUAACAUUUAAAAGAAAUAUUCUUAGAGAAGCCCUUUAAUGUGAUUUAGAUGAGCACAUACAUAAAUAUUUUGUGUUAGUGGAGAACGAGUUAUUCUACGUUCCUCAGGGAUAGAAACACUUUGUUUACGGAUAGAAAUACUUGUUAACCUGCUGAAAUGAAAAUGGAGUUAUGUCCCUUAAUGAAACGAAAUAAAACAGUGU